AUGGCUCUUAUUGUUGGGGUCGACACAAAUUUGACCAUUAUCAAGCUAUCCCCAAACUUUCCAGGCCGAAUAUCAAAUUUUCACAUUUUGUAUGCAGCCGGGCCGAAUAUCAAAGUAGCACGGAAAUUUUGCCCUCACAGAAAAUUGGUGGAGUACAAGCGCAAGUCACUUUCCAGCCCACAUGAUUGUGCAGAUCAUUGCCCAAUUGAUGUCAUAGUUGAGGGCCACCAAUUCAAGGACGAGUGUGUGGCUUCUGGUACUUGUUCUUACUUUUAA